AGAACCGGCGUGGGGAUGUAAGCUUAGGGAAAUCUGCAGCGGAAGAGUUAAAAAGCCCAAAACAAAACAAAUUGACGGCGCUGUGUUUGUUAUUCAUCCGGCUGGUGGCUCGCGCGCGUUCAAACCUGAUGUCUUGUUCAUGGAAAAGAUCCUAGUUCCACUUUUUUCCGGUUAAAGAUGCACGUCGUUAUGGAGUAGACGUUCGUUUGCGUGUAUAAAGUCAGCUGUUUGGUUUGUAAUCGAACGCUUCAUCUGUGAAACACGAUGGUUUAAAGCGUGCGCGUGACAGGAGCACUGUUCCCCAAACUGAGUGAGAAAGUGUCAGGAUUGUUAGCAUUCUAUGGUGCAGUCCUGUCUGGAUCCAAGAGGAUGUCUCCCAGCAUCCUGUCAGCACUACCUAAAGGGAGACUUCAUCCUCUUUUUCUCUGGCAAAUGUACAUGAAAAACCAACACACAAUGAUAGAACUCCAGUGAUUUCUGCCUUUGACGUUCCUCACCUCCCCACCCCUCUACCUUACACCCCUUUCCGGUUCCACGCUUGACCAUGCUGCGCUUCCUGCCCCUCAAACUGGGCAGAGUGUAUCGCUGCCUGAAGCUGCUGUUUAUUGUGGGCCUGUUUGUAGUGCUCUUGAUGAACACUCACACACUUCUUGCCUCCUUUCAGAAGAACGAGUUAACAGACCGUCGCUUCAUCCACCUCAACAAGUGUCCGGCUUGCUUUGGCACCAGUUGGUGUCGCAAGUUUAUGAACGGGCAGGUAUCGUUUGAGUCGUGGGGCCGACUGCGUUUCCUUGACGUCUUCAACGUAAAGAACGUUUUCUUUGCCCAGUACGGUGAGCCUCGGGAAGGCACGCGACGCAUCGUCCUCAAGCGCCUUGGCUCAAACCAUGAGCUGGCAGACAUUGACCAGAAAAUCUGCAAGAGGGCCACUGGUCGACCUCGUUGUGACCUCAUCCAGGCCAUGUACAAGACAGAGUUUGCUCGACUUAAUGGAGACGUUCGCCUCUUGACUCCUGAUGUAGUAGAGGGCUGGUCUGACCUGGUCCACUGCCCCUCACAGAGACUGUUGGACAGAAUUGUCAGGAGAUAUGCUGAGACUAAAGACUCUGGAAGCUUCCUGUUGAAAAAUCUCAAAGACACAGAGAGGAUGCAGCUUCUGAUGACACUUGCUUUUAACCCUGAGCCCUUGGUACUGCAGAGUUUCCCAUCAGACGAAGGCUGGCCGUUUGCGAAGUACCUGGGUGCGUGCGGGCGCGUGGUGGCCGUGAACUACGUCGGCGAAGAGCUGUGGAACUUCUAUGAGGCGCCGUGGGAGAAGCGCGUGGACUUGGCCAAGCAGCUCCUGGACAUCGCCGAGCAGCUCACCAACAACGACUUCGACUUCGCCUUGUACCUGCUGGACGUCAGCUUCGAUAACUUCGCUGUCGGGCCUCGCGACGGCAAGGUCAUCGUAGUGGAUGCAGAGAACGUGCUGGUGGCCGACAAGAGACUCAUCAAACAGAAUAAGCCGGAGAACUACGACGUGUGGUACCAGAGCCGCUUCGAAGAGUGCGAUAAGGAGGCCUGCCUCUCUUUCUCCAAAGAUGCUCUGUGCUCGAGGGUCACUGUCGACCACAACUACUACGCCAUCUGUCAGAACCUGCUGUCUCGCUACGCGACAUGGAGAGGCAGCACCGGGGGCUUGCUGCACGAUCCGCCGUCCAACGUGGGGAAAGACGGGCAUCUCGACGUCCUGCUGGAGGAGUGCGUCAAGCCCAAGAUGCCGUAUGGACGCUUUGCAGCCGCUAAAGAACUCCGGCAGUAUCUCACUGAGCUCAGCGGCAUGGCCAGGUAAUGACCCGAGCGGACCUCCGGGGAGCGGGUACCGAGAUACUAACGGCUUCUUUCACUCUUUGGGUGGCACAGCAGCCGUUACGGAGCAACGGAGGAAAAUAACCGCAAGCUCCGAGAUCUUUUUAACGUUCCAGUCUGCUGACUUCAAAAAAUUAUGUUUCAAGUGAAAGCAUGAGGGCUGGAUGAUGAGCUCCAUAUUAGAUGGAAAGAAAAAAACACUUUUUCUCACUUUAGUCCAGAUCCAUGCUCGACGACGGAAAAGUGCGGAAUCCAUGGAAACUUGCCAGUCUUUCAAUCUCAGUGUCAGCUCUGAGAGCUCAUCAGAGGUUUCUUCAUCUCUGAGACCGGACUGUCUUAAAGGAGACGCUGCAGCUAACUUACUUUCUUCCACAGAGCUGCUCUGUGUGAUGUGACCUGAUGUGAUGUGAGCAUGCUGAGAAAGGCAGCUGGAAAGUGCAGCACACAGCAGCUCAGGAGGAACCCAUCUCCAGGCCUCUUUGUCACUAAAUCUCAAGACUUCCAGUGAUCUGAUGUUUGGCAAUCAAGCAAAGUGAGGGUUUAGGGUGUACAGAAGGAAAUAACGAGCUUCAGCUGUUUCUGUUUCGGCUUUUGCAUAUACCAAAGAGUCUGGCUAUAUGUUCCUGGGUUAGGGUUAGGAUCCCUGUACAUUUUAGCAUCCCGACUGCCCAAGUCUGUCAGAACGGACACUUUUUACAAAGGAUUUUUUUUUGCUUCUAUUUAUCAGGCGGAUCCAGUAAGGUCUGAGACUUGAUCCAGGACCAUUCUUGGUUCUGAAUAAAUAACCAGUUCCAAGUCAAAGCUCUGUUUGCAAGCAGGCAUGCUAAAACCAUGGGAUGCUCCAGCCGUUCCAACCAAAUUUAAUUCCACACCUCUGAAAUUGAUUUAAUUGCAGUUUAAUCACGUCUUUGACACUUAACAUCAGUUAACCUUCAACUAUCUAUUUGCCAUUUUUUUCCCUGCUCCUGCCUUUAUUGUAAUGAAUUAGCACAUUAGGUUUGAUUUUACACUUGGUGGACCAGUGAAUUAGACUGGUGUGUGUGUGUGUGUGUGUGUGUGUGUGUGUGUGUGUGUGUGUGUGUGUGUGUAUGUGUGUGAGAGUAACUGAUUCAAAUCAUGAUUUCAUUAAGCUUUGAGCUUUGGGAAGGGGCUGAAAUCUAGAUAAUCACUUCAGUUAAGGACAUUUCAUUCAAUACCAAUGCAAAAGGAAGAUGUUGUUCUCACUACAGAGUGAACUUUGUUCCUGGAAAUCUCCAGUCCUAGCAGAACCCGCUUCCUUCCGUAAUCUAAUCCCUGACUCGGACCCUGCUGUAAUCUAAUUUAACAUUGGACUCUUGUCAAAAAUGGCAAGAUCCAGAAGAUCUCGGUGACUACCUACGUCAGGUGUAAGAAAGAAGGGGGAAUCGGAUUCCUCGGAGUUCCACUACACCUCCAAUGUCCUCACACGGAAAAGCAAUAAGUGACGUUCCUCCAGGUGUUGUCCUGUAUGACCCAGUUGCAUCCAUAUGCGAGAUCUCGGGACUGAUUUGCACCUCUUUAACAGCCAGUGUAAGAUUUUGUUUAUUUUUGAGUGCGUUAAAAAAAAAUAAAUUGUCUGCUUGUGUUGUAAUUAUUUUUCAUUGAGUAUUAUAUCAGCGGUGUCUGAUUUUACUGUGCCUUUCAUUCGAAAGUUUAUCCACAACUUUUCAGUGGGUUUAAUUAUCAAAUAAAUGAUUCUAUCUAUCUAU